AUGCAGUUCUACCGUGAAGACUACCGCAGCGUGUUGGCCCUUCUCGAAGAAGGAACUAAUAGGUCGGACCUGUAUGCUGUCCGUCGAGCAUGCGCCGAGUUCAGGCGAUUGGCUCUUCAUCGGGAUGCCGCGCGGCACGUUAUGGUGGAAGAGGGACGCCUCCUCCCAGCACUCGUGGAAAUUGUGACGCUUCAUGUGCAAGAGGAAGAAGGCGCGGUGGUGUCGGAUUGCUGCCGUUUUCUCCAGCGCCUUAUCUCGCACAGGAGACCCACGGAACUCGAUAUCCAGUCUAAAAUCACGGAGGCUGGCGCUCUCGGUCUCAUGGUCAAUGGUCUUACGGCGCACCCUCAAGUGGGGAGGCUGUAUGUUGAAGUCUGUACUUUAGUAUCGCUCCUGUGCUUUGACACGGUAGCCGCUCCCCAUGCCGAUAACCAGGCAGCGAUCACAGACGUGGGGCUAUUUGCGGUCAUUUGUGAGCGAUUGGGCAGUGCUGAUGUCACUGAACAGGAGGCAGCAGCAGGCUGCACAGCCAUUUCAGCGCUCGUCUAUGAGAACUACGUCAAUGGGGUGUCGGCGAUCCACACUUUUCGCAUCUUGCCCAGAUUCUUUACGCUAUUGAGCAUGUUCGCAGAGUCGCUGCGUAUUGUCAACUGUGUCUACCAGACUCUUUUCCAGCUGAUGACUAUGGAGGCUGGUCUGUCCGAUGAUGUUGUGGACAUUGGGAUGCUGCAACAAGUGGUUGAGCUACUUGACAAUAGUGCACUCAUGCAAGACUAUCGCGGCGCCGCGAGCUUCACUGCGCAAUGGCACAUCGCUAAGUUCUUGGAAAUUUGUAUUCGCGAAAACGAUGCUGCAAAGGAGGCCUUUUGCGGUUGUGGGGGGCCUGCGGUUGUCGUGAGUACAAUGAUCCGCCGCAAUCAAGAGCCUCGACACGCUGACAGUGUCGAUCCGAGGGCCUUGCAGUAUAUCACGUGCAUGUUACUCUGUCGCAUCGUGACUGUCACUGGAGACCUGACAGUCGACAAGACUCGAGCGAAGCAGCUUGUGCAGUCGAGUGCGCACCAAUUGGCGCUGGACAUUCUACGGAGCGUUGGAGUCGCUCAAAGCGCACACACUAGCGAAGUCAAUCACAAAAACUUCUGGGCAGGCGUCGAACAGGCCGUCAAAUUGCUGGAACUUAUCGCCGUAGUCGAGUCGAAUCGCGUGCCUCUCACGCGUCUCGGUGCAUCUCGCCAAGUCAAACUCAUCUAUAACAAUCCUGAAGUGGCUACACAGCCAGGUCUCUUGCUGCUCUGCGAGAGCGCCGUCGCCAACAUCGAGGGCACAUGA